UGAGCUUGCUUAUUAUAUCGGAAAGAAUGUAAACAAAUAAUCCAAGUGCACAAGUACAAACAGUAUUAUACAUUUUAAGAAUAAAACAAGAAUAAUGGCGUACGAGUCAAAGGAGAAAGUGGCGAAAAUGCAGAGAUAUCACUUCUACAAACGCGAAUUGUGCCUUUAUUUUGGAGUAUAUUUUGCCUACCUCAUAUACGGACUAUGGAUUCUGAUUGACUUACGUGAAAUAUUACAAAAACGUUCAGGAUAUACGCGUGACCCCUUUAACUACGAGUUGGACAUAUUCAAUAAUUAUGUCCGAUCGAACUGGUAUUGGUACCUCAUACAUGCCGUAAUUGCAACCGGCUCGAGGUUUCUUUUUAAUCCGAAUAAUAUCGGGCUUGCAUUCGCAUGUGUAUCAAAUCUAUCUCUGUUGAGCACGCUUCCAUUCAUAAUGAACGUAUUUCUUGGCACAAUGCUUUUAAUUUUUUAUUUAGUGUCAUAUAUUGGCAAUAGAAAAUUGAUAUGGUUCGCAACAGCCUUAUGGGUAGCAGUACUUAAUAUUUUAGCAUUAAAUAUCGGCAAGUUUUCAGACGACCAAGAUAUUUUUUAUGUAUUUAGUGUAAUAUUAUUUUGGACUUUGUUACGUUGUUGUAGUUUUGCGCACUUUUGGGCCGACUCAAAAUUUAAAAAGGAAGACCUUUUAGAAUUGUCCACGGUGUCGCACUAUCUAGGAUAUACAUUAUAUUUCCCUACGCUUGUAAAUGGUCCAUUUUUGGACUAUAAACGAUACAUUGUGAUAUUAAAAAAAAAGGACGCACAUGCAUUAUUUAAUGAAGUAAAAUAUUUUACUAUUGAAAUAGUGCGCAUUUUAUUCUGGUGGCUUGUUUUAGAGCUUGGAAUGCGUUACUUGUUUGUACAUUAUAUGGCUGUAGAAACAGACAAAGCAAAACUUGUGAGGUCACCUUUCGGACGUCAUGCAAUUGGAUAUUUCUUAGGUUUGUUCUUUUUCAUGACGUAUCUUGUAAAAUAUGGCUUGGGAAUCGCUUUUUCCCGUUACGAUGGGAUGUAUCCUCCAAGUAAGCCACAAUGUAUAGGUCAUGUUCAUUAUUAUUCAAAUAUGUGGAAACAUUUCGAUCAAGGACUUUACGAAUUUUUAUUUGAUUACAUUUACCACCCAUUAGUUAAUGCAAAUUAUUCUAAAUUCGUGUCGACGGUGCUCACCUUUGCAUUUGUUUUCAUGUGGCAUGGUUGUCAGACUGAUAUUCUUAUAUGGACUGUUAUGAAUUUCUGGUGUCUGAUAUUGGAGAAGUUAUUGAAGCACGCUAUGCGUUCGACAUUUUAUAAAAGUUGCAUCGAACAAAAUGUGGGUCAACAAAUGUCACAACGUUUUCAAGCCAUUGUUUUUAGCCAAGUUUUCAUAGUGGCUGCCUUUGCAAACGUUUUCUUUAUAGGUAGCCCCGAAAUGGGCGUAUUUUUAAUAAUGAACGCAUACGGGAAUGGUUUUGCGAAUUAUCUUGCAUUAUCAUUUUGUUGCUACUGUUUCUUUCAAUGCUCUGAAUUAAUAUCUAUGAAACUUUGGAAAGAAAAUGGAAAAAAACUAAAAUAAAAUAACUAAUUAGUAAAAAUGUAGUUUAAU